AUGUCCUGUGCGACACAAACAGUCACCUUCGAGUCCUCUUCCAGCAGCCGCGAAUCCAGUCCUGCAAGAGACGAUGAACGCACACAGCUCCUACCCCGAGGUCGUCGCCAUUCCUACAAUACCCUUCCCCGACGACGGCAGUCAAGCAUCUGCAACGCAGAUGCAAUCUUUGUGCGAGUCGAUCUGUUCCUAAGUGAGCUGAAAAGUAGGUUAGACAGGCUAGAAAGAUACCGGCAAGACAGUCUUUUACACUUUGAUGCUCAGUUGGAGCGAGCAUAUCAAGUCCUGAGCGAUGUACGGGACUCGUGCGCACCCUCCCUUUCGGGUGAACUGCUGUGGGGUGCCGCGAGGCACCGUGCUCUUAUCCUUGUCGAUACGCUCGAGACUCGGUACAACGAUAUCAUGCCGUCAAGGGAAACUCUGGAGCACAAAGCACAGGAAGGCAUGCGCCUGAUGGAGUCCUUUCUCUCGGAACUGGAGUCACGGAUGCAUGAAAGGAAGAAACAAUUCAUUGACUCGGGGUGGAGGAAGGUCGACGACUCACUCAACGCCACUCGAGAGAUGCUGGAGGACGGUCUUGACAAAGCGCUGCGGGCACGAGAUAUACUGGCCGAAUCUGUUUCUCACGCGCUGACCCGAGCUGCCGAGACGAGAUUGAUCCACUACGAAGAUCUCCCCACGCCCUGGAGGAAUAACCCUCAUAUCCUCAAAGGUUACCGGUUCAACAGGACACAAGUCGAAUGCCUCACCACCAUGUUCCACGCGCACAACGAAAUGGUCAAUAUAUGGUCACAUACCAUCGGUUUGCUAAUUGUUCUUACCGUCGCCUUUUACUACUAUCCUUCCUCGUCGACAUUUCCUCUCUCAACCAAAAUGGAUGUCCUGAUAGCGGCCUGUUUCUUUGCUGCAGCCUGCAAGUGCAUGAUCUGCUCCACAAUGUGGCAUACCAUGAACAGUAUCUCGGACAAGCGUUUGUUCGACCGGUUCGCUUGUGUGGACUACACUGGCAUCUCACUUCUGGUGGCGGCGAGCAUCCUCAGCACCGAGUGGACGGCAUUUUACUGCGAACCCAUAUCGAGGGCGGUUUAUAUGACUAUGACAACGGUGUUAGGAAUAGCCGGAGCGAUCCUGCCUUGGCGGGAGAGCUUUAAUCGAGCCGAUAUGGCCUGGUUUCGGGUGACAUUCUUUGUAACGUUUGUCGUGGUUGGCUUCGCGCCUGUGCUGCAAUUGAACUACACCCGCGGGCCGGCUUGGACUUUCUAUUUCUACGCCCCUGUUGCGAAAAGUAUCAUGGUGUACUUUACGGGAGCUCUCAUAUAUGCAAGUCAAGUGCCUGAAAAGUGGUGGCCCGGAUCAUUCGAUUAUGUUGGAUGCAGUCACAAUAUCUGGCAUGUUGCUGUGGUCCUAGGAAUUAUCUUUCACUAUUUCGCCAUGUUAGAUUUCUUUCAGGGAGCAUUCACAAGGGCGAGCGAUGGUUGUUGUUUGGGUUGA